CGCGCACUCGCUGUUUUACGGUAACGCGCUCAGGUGAAGCGCAGGUGAUUGACAGACGCAGAACACCAGAGACACUAGCGGGAUGACGCGACGCGCGCGCAGCUGAUGGACACAACACAUAUAUGACCAGUGACUGACAGACUGGACGCAGUGGAGGUAUCUGAAGCCCCGUGUGCAUUAUGAAGCAGAGCAGGUCCUUGUGUCAGGUGGAGCAGCUGCCCUGUGCAUGUCUACUGGACUGUCGCCGGCAGACCCACAGCCGCAGCGCCGCCGCCGCUCCCAUCAGACACCGAGCCAACGGGGCAGUGGGUGCCUUGUGCAACAGUCCCAACUGCGUGGUGGCCAGCAGGCUGGAGGGCCCAGAGCAGGGUCGGUGCGGGGCCGGCAGGGUGCUGGUCACUGGAGGAGCCGGAUACUUCGGAUUCAGGCUGGGCCGCGCUCUGGCCGGACAAGGGGCCACGGUCUUACUGCUGGAUCUCCACAAGCCGCCCUGGGAUAUCCCAGAUGGAGCUGUCUUCCAGCAGAUUGAUAUCCGGGAUUAUGAUGCCCUGUAUAAGAUCUGUGCGGGAGUGGACGUAAUAUUCCACACCGCUUCCUACGGGAUGUCAGGUCCUGAACAGCUGAGGAGAAAGCAGAUCGAGUCAGUCAAUGUUGGCGGCACGAACAAUGUCAUAAACGUGUGUACGGAGCGGGGCAUCUCGAGACUCGUCUACACCAGCACAGUGAAUGUGGCGUUUGCUGGCAGACCCAUUGAGGAUGGAGAUGAAGACUCAGUUCCCUGCGUGCCGCUGGACAUGCACAUAGACCAUUACUCCAGGACUAAAGCUAUCGCCGAACACAUGGUGCUCGCUGCCAAUGGAAGAUCAACAAAAGGUGGUGGUCUUCUACAGACAUGUGUCCUACGCCCCUCUGGUAUCUACGGUCCCGAAGAGAGGAGACAUUUGCACAGGGUGAUGGUAAAUGUGGAAAGGAGGUUGUUCAGCUUUUGUUUUGGGGACCCUAAUGCCAAGAUGAACUGGGUGCAUGUGGAUAAUUUGGUGAUGGCUCAUGUUUUGGCAGCAGAAGCACUCACUGCAGAGAAAGCCUUUGUGGCGAGUGGACAGGCCUACUUUAUCAAUGAUGGGGAGUCUGUCAAUGUCUUUGAAUGGUUGACACCUCUGUUUGAAAGACUGGGUUAUGGUCGGCCACUGAUUCACCUUCCUGUGUUUCUGGUCUACUCAGCAGCAAUUCUGAUGGAGCGACUGCAUGUAACUCUGAGUCCUAUACUGGAAAUCCCAUUGAUUCUGACAAGAAAUGAGGUGAGAAGCAUUGCUGUCAGUCACACCUUUAAAAUCGAGAAGGCACAGCGAGAACUGGGCUUCAUUCCUAAGAAGUACAGCCUGACCGAUUCUGUGGAUCAGUACCUGCGGAGCAGACCGACACGAUCAGCCGCGUCAUUUCCCAACACACAGUACCUCUUCCUGCUGCUCCUGCUGCUUCUGAUCGGAUUCAUCGCCCUCAUGAUCUGCUCUGCAGCCUGGGAAUAAUACGCCUUAACCAUUCAGUCUCACUUGUAGGGUUUGAACUAGGGCUGAGCGAUAUAGAGAAUUUAAAAUUACUUGGUUGGCAAUAUAAAAUGACGCAGCAUUUUGGAUAUCGCAAUGGUUCUGCUGAGCUUUUUAUUUUGCCACUGAGUUUCAUAAAAACUAGUUUGAGAGCAUUCAAAUAGAUGCUUUAAAUCUUUUCUAUGAAUCAGUUUAAAGUCACCAUGAAAUCAGAAUUGACAAUUUUUGUUUUUUUUGUUUUGUUUUGUUUGUUUUUAAUGAAAUAUUGCAGUAUUUAUUAUAAAUGAUUUA